CGCAUGUGUGUAACAUAUCUCUCACUCAUGACGUCGCCAUUUUAUAAUUAUUCAAAGUGUAACACCUAUUUUAAACUAAUUGACGAUAAAUAAAAAAUAUGUAAUAAAAUAAAGUUGAGCAAAUAGUGUGCAAUGAAGAGCACUUAUUCAUUUUUUUCUGUUGGCAUGAAACCUUCCCUGCCGGCGCUCCUACGGUAUUCUUUGAUACCUUGUUCAAGAUUUCCGUUCUAGCAUUGGUAAACAUGUGCUUUCGAAAUACGCUAAGAAAAGUUUUUUUUUUAUAAUAAUUAGUAAAUAUAUCUAUUCUUGAAUAAUAAUUCGUACGCAAUGGCGUCUUUUAAAAAAACAAAUACCAAGAUAUUUAUGAGAGCAGGACCUGAAAUAACACCGGAUAAUAUUUAUUGGAAAAAAUAUACGGCACCUGUGCUUGUAAAAGAAUUUGGUCCCAUUGAUUAUAUUGACUUUUCACCCGUGGAACCACACUAUUUUGCUGUUACUUGUUCCGUAAGAGUACAAAUCUACAAUCCAAUAACAAAAUUGGUUACGAAGAAUUUCAGUAGAUUCAAAGAAGCUGCCUAUGGUGGUUCUUUUCGUAGAGAUGGCAACUUAUUAUGUGCUGGAGGAGAAGAAGCUGUUGUACGAUUAUUCGAUGUUAGCACGAAAAGUCUUUUACGUCUUUUCUCAGGUCAUAAAGCUGCCGUACAUAGAACAUUUUUUACAGCAGAUAAUCUUCGCAUUGCCUCAUUUUCUGAUGAUAAAACUGUAGUAUUAUGGGAUAUAGGGAGUGAAAAACAAUUAAUUACUUUUAAUGAGCAUAACGAUUAUAUUAGAGCCGGAGCUGUAAGUCCUAUAUCAUCGGAUUUAUUAUUAUCGGGAGGCUAUGAUAAAUUAAUAAAUAUGUACGAUACUAGGACAAAUAAAAAAAUAUUUACUGUGAAUCACGAAGCACCUGUUGAAAGUGUUCUUUUCUUACCUUCUGGAGGAAUCUUUUUAUCAGCAGGUGGAACAGAUGUUAAAGUAUGGGAUGCUCUUGGAGGUGGAAAAUUAUUAGCAAAAAUUUCUCAACAUCAUAAAACAGUAACUUGUUUAAAAAUAACUUCUAAUGGCCAUAGAAUAUUGUCUGGUUCAUUGGAUAGACAUGUUAAAAUCUAUGAUUCUGGAACAUAUAAAACUGUUCAUACAUUGGAUUAUCCUAAUUCAGUUCUCAGCAUGGGAAUUAGUGCAAAUGAAGAAACAAUAGUGGCUGGKAUGGUAGAUAGUUUAAUUUCAGUACAAAGAAGAGAAGAAGAUGUAAAAGAUAUCAAAGUUCAACGUAAGAAAAUGUCAUAUAAAAAUGAAGGUGGAAAUACUUAUAUAUCAAGCGUGGAUACUGUGGUACAGGAAGAAAUUAGAGAAAAAAUAAGCAAACACGAUGUUUGGCUAAGAAAGUUUCAGUAUUCCAAAGCCUUGGAUUCCGUUUUGGUGCCAUAUAUUGUUAAUAAAAAUCCACAUGUGACGGUUGCAUUAUUACAAGAACUUAAUAAAAGACAAGGUCUCAGGCAAGCUCUUGCUGGAAGAGAUGGAAAAUCUCUUUCUAAUAUUAUUAAAUUUUUAAUUAGACACAUAGGUAAUGUUCGAUUUGGACGAGUAUUAUCGCAUGUGGCCAACAUUUUAAUGGAUAUCUAUGAAGAUAAUUUAGAUGAACUGGCAGCAGAACCACGAAACAUGUUCAAUCUUUUAGCAAACAAAUUAGAGGAAGAAGAGGAUUUAAUCACAUCAUUGGCCCAAUUACAAGGUACACUUCAAAUUAUAUUAUCUGGUGCGGAGGCGCAACAUAUUAUGAUGGCUAGAGAUAAUCAAACCUUAGAACCUUCGAGUGCCGCACAAAAAAAUCUAAUAUUUAGCAUAGCUUGAACAUCAGAAUACUAUCAAUUUAUUACUGUAACAUAUUAUGUACAUUUUCCGUAUAAAUUUUAAUAAAAACUGAUUGCAUAUUAUGUACCA